GCAGACCAGGUAAUUCAUACGCCGAGGGACCGCAGCAAUGACUCCGACCAUGCCAGCAAUAGAGGUCUUGCAGAGCGCUUUGCCACUCCCGCUCAUCGCCAGGGGCAAGGUCCGUGACGUGUACGAUGCGGAGAUUAUCGCUCCUGCCGACACGUCCGCACCGGGCGCAGCAGAGGAGACAGCAGCGGCAGGGUCGAUUUUGUUCGUAGCGUCAGACAGGAUCAGUGCCUUCGACAUCAUCCUCGCAAACGGCAUACCCGGCAAAGGCCAGCUGCUUAAUCGCCUGUCGGCUUUCUGGUUCCGUCUGCUCACGUCGGAGGCAGAUGGGGUCAUUCCGUCACAUGUACUUUUCACGUCCUCAUCCAAAUUUCCCCCCUCUCUUGUCCAGCGACUUUCGCAAGCAUCCACGAUGCCGUCCAAGCCUGCUCUCCCUGCGCUGGAGCAGGUACGAGGUCGGUCGAUGCUUGUGCGCCGUGCACGCAUCCUCCCCAUCGAGGCGAUCGUUCGAGGCUACUUGACCGGCAGCGGCUGGGCAGAAUACCAAAAGCACGGAACCGUGCACGGCCUGGCGAUGCCGAAAAGCAUGCAAGAAAGCCAGGAGAUCCCUGGUGGGCCUAUCUUUACGCCCAGCACCAAGGCCGAGCAAGGGGAGCACGACGAAAACAUCCAUCCGGACAAGGUGGCAGACAUUAUCGGCCCAGAACUGGCGCAACAUAUGGCAAAAGUGGCUGUGGAUCUCUACAAAACAGCCGCCGAGCACGCCCGCACUCGAGGCAUCAUCUUGGCGGACACCAAGUUUGAGUUUGGCAUGGUUCCAACUGCGUCUUUACCGGCCGCAUCAGCUCUCGUCAAGCGGCAGCCGACAUUCAAGAACAAGGAGACAGGCGAGGAGGAGACGAUGAUCCUUGUCGACGAGGUCCUCACGCCCGAUUCCUCGCGCUUCUGGGGUGCAGCCGAGUAUCAGGUGGGCAAAAGUCAGGCGAGCUUCGACAAGCAAUUUGUUCGAGAUUGGCUCAAAAAGGAGGGGCUUGUCGGCCCGAAUAAGGAAGUGCAAGAAGGAAAGGAGAUUCGCUUACCCGAAGACGUAGUCAAGGCCACUCUGGAGCGCUAUGAGCAAGCCUAUGAUAUGAUCACCGGUGAACGCUUCGUGGUUGGCGAGGAUUGAACAGCGGCCGGCAAGUGUAGCAUAGAUAUGCACUCAUGACUGGUGAAUGGGCCUUCGCCAGUCAAGACUGG